GUGCUUUGUCACCCAGCAAACUGGCUUCCAGAUUAUGCUAAUUAACUUCAAGUAACAACUCUCUUGUUGCCUGGUGACAAAAUUUUCACAGUUCAGGAGCAGGAACUGGAGCUAACAAGAGUACAUCUAGACCAGCAGUUUCCUGUGCUAACUCUCCUUAAACUGACCACCCACCAAUCAGAACAACACACUUCCCUACCAAAAGAACAUGGCCAAGGGUGGGAAAGGCCCCAAGGGUAAGAAGAUCACCCUCAAUGUGGCCAAAAACUGUAUCAAAAUCACAUUUGAUGGGAGAAAACGUCUUGACUUGAGCAAGAUGGGAAUUACCAACUUCCCUAAAUGUAUUCUUCGACUCAAUGAUGUGGAUGAACUUGACCUAAGUCGAAAUAUGAUCAGGAAGAUCCCUGACUCCAUAUCCAAGUUCCAGAACCUACGUUGGCUGGACCUGCACAGCAACUACAUUGACAAACUCCCUGAGUCCAUUGGCCAGAUGACCACCCUGCUCUACCUCAAUGUUAGCAACAACAGGCUGACCACCAACGGCCUGCCUGUAGAGCUCAAUCAACUCAAGAAUAUUCGUACCGUGAAUCUAGGUUUGAACCAUCUAGACAGUGUGCCAACCACUCUAGGUGCUCUGAAGGAGCUCCAUGAGGUGGGCCUUCACGACAACCUGCUGACCAGCAUACCCAACAGUAUCUCCAGGCUUCCCAAGCUAAAAAAGCUCAACAUAAAACGAAACCCCUUUCCCAAGGCAGAAGAGUCAGAAACAUUCAUAGAUUCCAUUAGGAGAUUAGAGACCUUAUAUCUGGUGGAGGAGAAAGAUCUGUGUACAAACUGCCUUAGAAAAUGCCAACAGAAUCGGGAAAAGCUGAACAAAAUCAAGAGCAUGGCCACCGCAGCGCCGAGAAAACCCCUCUUUUCCAAUUUGGUCUCACCCAACUCCACGGCCAAGGAUUCCCAGGAAGAAUGGAGGGUACGGUUCAACUCACCUUAGAGUAGUUUACGGCAAAAACUUGAAGACUAAUCAGCUAACAGGAGUAAACAACUUUCAAGAAGAAAAACUGUUAGGACAAGAAAGAGAGUGACAAGGGGAACAUUCUGGAAGCCAGGCUCUCCGGUGCUUGUCAAGCUACUGACUUAUUUCACAAAUGCACUAUCUCUUUGUUUUAGACUUUUCCUGUGUAUGUAAAAAUAAUUUUGGGAAAUACAUGUUUUAUUUUUUGUGCACGCAGAGGGCACAUUUAAGAAAAUUAUAUAUAUAUGUGUGUGUGUAUAUAUAUAUUUGGCAUAUAUUCCUUUUUUAUUUUUUUACCCUAAUCCUAAUGUAAACAAAGAUUUGAAAAAUAAUUUAAAGUUUAUAACGUCUACAGUUCACUCAAACUUGACAAUACUGGUAACUUGUGAUAUGUAUAGUGUACCACCUCAAUCAAGCAACUAAAAUUUAUACAGAAAACAUUCAAAUGAAUAAGUACAUAACAUAGGGUCAGACAGUGGCACACCUGGUUAUGUGUACACACUACAGUGCACAAAGACCCAGGUUCCAGCCCCUGGUCCCCACCUAAGGGGAAAAGCUUCACAAGUGGUGACAUAGGGCUGCAGGUGUCUCUCUUGUCUCUCUCUCUCUCUAUCGCCCCCUCUCAAUUUCUCUCUGUCUCUGUCCAAUAAUAAAUAAAUAAAAUUUAUUUUAAAAUACAUAAUGCUAAGAAACACUAUAGACAAACCAAAGUAGAAUUUUUAAGACUUUUCAGCAUGAUUUAAUCUGUUAUGAGAAUUUUCAAUCACAUACAAAAUUAGAAUACUAUAAUGGAUUUCUAUUUUCUGAUUAUCUACUUCAAUGACUAUACAAACACUUGUUUAAUCUAUUUUAUUCCCUCCAAUGGGUCAUUUCAUUAUUUAAAAUGAUGGCUUAUGUUGGUAUAACACUGGUUUACAAUAAUAUAAGAUUUUAAGAGAAUAGUUUCACAACAGAAUUAAAAACAUUUCAGAAAUUUACAAGUAGGAAAAAGAAACAGAAAUGAACAGAAAAAAAACAAAAAACAGUAAAUUAACAUGUUCUAAUAUUUUAGUAAUUAUUGCAUUAAUGUUAAUAUAAUCUUUAUUUGCAAUGGCUACAAACUAGAGACAAGCAAAUACUUCUGGACAGGCAAAUGGUUAAACUAACCCUGGCAUAGCCAGUGUAUGCAAGAACAGGGACGAUCUCAGUGUUAGUAUUCUGAGUAAGAGUCUUAUCUCCAGAGGUAUUAUACACUCUAGUUCUGACUAUAGAAUAAUCUAUGAACUACAAAGUGAUAGAGAUGAAAAGCAGCCGGGAGUUAAGGAGGAUGAGAGGGGGCAGACAGUGGACACAAAGUGGUAACAAGAUGGAUUUAUUUUUUAAUUGUGUAUAUGGAUUUUGACGGUGUUACACAAUUCUACACAUGUGAUAAAGUGCUAGUUACGCACAUAUAAUUGUAAUAAUGUCAAUUUGGGGUUCUGAAACUAUACUGUAGUUCUAUAAGAUGUAAUCACUGGGGUGAGGUGUAGUGAC